AUGGCCACGUCUUUGCCGAUUGCGGCGUCUCAUAUCGCCCGGCAGAUGGCAUCUGGUGAUGUCCCGUUCUCGGUCAUCGCGCCCAUCCUCCAUGGCAGACUCAUAGCUAUCGCUGGAGUCUGUAGCGACAAGACGAACCCUCAGUGGGUAAAGUACCAGGUUCUUGUGCAGUUCAAACCUUGCGAGGUUCAGGAGCCUGCUCCAUAUGUACUGAGCCCUUCAUCAAUUACGAAACCCGUGGACAUGGAAGCGAUCAAGGCCCUGAUGAACUCGCAGCACAGCGAGCUGACACUGCGGGAUGUGAUCCACGCUGGACGGAAAGGUUUUGGACAGAGCUACAAUCUUCGCGCGAGCAGGCUCAAGGCAGUCGUGAAGUGGAAGAGUGGGGACGUAUGCUUGGGCCCUGACAUGGUUGCCGACAUGGUUGCGGGCAUGGGUGAGGAGAGACGAUUUCUCAUUCUGUAUGCCUUCGCCACGAUCGAGCUUUCCAUCGCCGAACUGAGACAAUGCAUGGCGGUUGUGCCGCCUCUGCGUGCUGAGGAGCUGGGCCGUCUUUGGGCGAACCUUCAGGUCCCGGCGCCGGAGCCUGGCUCGUGGUACACUACGCAUGCUGUACCCGAUCUGUCCAUUGACCCGGUGCGGAGAUUUGCCGAGAUUCGGGAGUACGAUCCUUCAGAGAGGGCGCUUUUGGCAUGGAUCCGGGAGGAGCUGGAGCUGAAAGAUCAGCAGUUGACUGUGAUCCAGGAGCAGCUGGAGCUGAAGGAUCAGCAGUUGACUGACAUCCAAUGGCAGCUGGCGCAGAAGAAUGAGCAGCUGGUGCAGAAGGAUGAGCAGCUGACCAAGAAGAAUGAUCCGCUGGGCGACAGAGAAUGGGACAGCGAAUGGCAGCUGGCCGAACUGGCUCGGAAGCUCGAGCUGGCCGAGUCUCUGAUCAGACGUCAGAACGAGCAGCUGGAGCUGAAUCGUCGGUCGCACGAGGCUGUUGAGCAGCCUCAGGAGGAUCUGAUAGACCUGUACAGCGACUAG